UUUUAGACCCUGUGAACGUGCCCAGGGCCAGGAUCGUGCUGGGUGGUUGGACUGAACUGCAGGGACAGGGAGAUGAGGAGGGGCCCGCGGUAAAAACUGCCUUUAGUGCCCAGCCAUUAGUCAGGGGCUAAAAGCAGAGCUGUGGGCUCCCAGAGCAGAGGCUGGGAACAGCCAGGAGGGGAGCCAGGAGUGCCAGGCUGUGCUGCUGUGCCCCAGCUGUGCCAUGGGACUUCUCUGGGAGCUUUCCUGGUCCCUCCCUGGGAAAAUCCUGCUGUUCCUGAGCCAUUCCUUGUUCCAGCUGUGCAGUGGGAUUUCUCUGGGAGUUUUCCAGAACCCUCCUUGGGAAAAUCCUGCUGUUCCUGAGCCAUUCCUUGUUCCAGCUGUGCAGUGGGAUUUCUCUGGGAGCUUUCCUGGUCACUCUUAGGGAAAAUCCUGCUGUUCCUGAGGCACUCCUUGUUCCACCUGUGCCGUGGGAUUUCUCUGGGAGCUUCCCUGGGGAAAUCCUGCUGUUCCUGAGGCACUCCUUGUAGGCUGACAUUUGGGAGGAUGCUGUUUUGCUGUUUUCCCCAUGAUUUUUCAUCCUGUCCCUGAGAGCUCAGCAGAACCACGUGAUCCCUCAGGAUGCAAAGGGCUGGAUAAAGCAUUCUCCUCUUGGAGUGCUGAGCUGUGGCUGUUCCGUGUGCAUUCUGGGCAUGGGGAAUGACGUUGGGACACGGGAGCAUGAGGGGGAGCUCUGCUUCAGCACUGCAGCUGCUGGAGCACCCUGCUUUGGUGGGAGCUGUCCCUGCCCAGCAGAUGGGCUUUCACUUCCAACCCAACCAUUCCAGGACUCCUGCUGAGAUCCUGGAGAAACAAAUCCACCCACAAGGGGCUGCCUGUUCCCUGCUCUGGGACAGCUCCAGCUGCCUUGAGGGACUCCAUUCCUCCCCCUGAUCCCACUUGCCACAGAAGCAUCAUGAAGCAAACCCCUCUCGUAGGGUGGAUGUCAGAAAAUAUUUUUAUAUGAACCCUCACUCGCAGCCCCUGAAUGCCAAAGCAGAGCAAGGACUUAAAGGGAUUCUGUUGCAGUGUCUGAUUUGAGUGUUUCAAUCUAUUCCAGUAAGAAAGUUUGGCUUUGACAUCCCACCAUGGGAACCCGAGCCUUCUUCCACCACAGAGAGGAGGAGCAGAAGGAGGAGAGGAAACACAGCUUGGAAAUGACCUCCACAACCAGGAAAAAAAGGUUUAAAACCAGUGAGGAAGAGGAGACCUUCAGCCUUUCAGACCUAUCGAUAGCAGCUGCCCUUGCCUUGACCUCUGAAACAGCAAAUUCCAGGGAGUACAAUCUAAGAAGGGAAGCUGAGCUCCUGGAGCUGGAACAGAGGGGGCAGAAGAGGACUCAUUUUGGGAAUGACAUGGAGAAGAUGGAAGAGGAGCUCAUCAGGAUCUGCAGGCAGCUCCGAGUGAGGGCUGACAGGAAGGGCCUGCGCAGGAAGGCUCUGGAGAAGGCGUGCCUGCAGAAGGAGCUGCUGGAGCUGCGCGCGGGGCGGGCGCCCCUGCUCUGGAUCCCGCUGCGGGCACACGCCGUCUGGGAGAGCAUGGAUGUCACCCUGGCGUGCACCACCCUGGGCGCCCCUGUGCCACAGGCCACCUGGUAUAAAAACGGAAUCCCCAUCGAUCCCCGCCGAGCCCCAGCAGGAAAGUACAAGAUCAGAAAUAAAUUUGGGAUGCUGACCCUGCACAUCAGCAGAUGCUCCAUGGAAGAUUCUGCUGAGUACAGUGUGGAGGUAAAGAAUCAGUAUGGUGAAGCGUAUUCCUUUGCUACGGUGCUUGUCAGGAAAUAUUAUGGAAAGGAGUCAGGAUUUGAUUCAGAAAUAUACAAAAGAUCCCUUCUGGCCAGAGAGGCAGAUUUUGCUUUUCCACUGAAACCCUUAUUUGCAAGAGAAAAGGAGCCUUUCACCCUCUCCUGUUACUUCUCCUCUGAUUUACUGGACCACCAACGAGGCAUCACCUGGUUCAGAGAUGGGCAGCUGCUGCAGGACUCAGAAGGUCAGGAGCUGAGGUGCCAGGAGCGUGAGGCCUCUGUGACAGUGCCGUGUGCUCACAAGGAGGAUGAGGGCUUCUACACCAUCCGUGUCCCCUCGCUGCAUGGCUACAAGGAGCAGACCACUUACGUGUUUGUGAGAGAUGCUGCAGCACUGACAGCUGGGGCCCCAGGAUCCCCCCUCAACGUGAGGUGCCACGAUGUGAACAAAGACUGCCUGCUCCUCUCCUGGGUAGCACCCAGCGACGAUGGAGGAAGCCCCAUCCUGGGGUACCUCAUUGAAAGGUGUGUGGCUGGCUCAGAGGAGUGGGUGCAGUGCAGUGCCCAGCCUGUGAAGGGCUGCAGGUGCCCAGUGCUGGGCCUGGCUGAGGGACAGACGUACCAGUUCCGGGUCAGGGCUGUCAACAAGGCUGGCACCAGCCACCCCUCGAGGGCCUGUGACCCCGUCACCACCCACGACCCCAGCAGGGACAAGAGAGUGACAGUGAUUCCAUACGACCAGGGCAGGACCAUAGAAAUCUCCAAGGAUGACCUGGAGGGACACAUUAAAAUUCCCCUGCCACCCACCAAUGUUCAUGCAAGUGAGGUCAGAGAAGAUUAUGUGGCUUUGGCUUGGGAUGAACCAGAUCCAAGAGGCAGAGAGCCACUGAAUUAUUAUGUGGAAAAGUCGCUCGUAGGCAGCAGCUCCUGGCAGAUGGUGAACCUGGACACGCCAGUGAGUUCCCCCAGGUUUGCACUCUUCGGUCUGCCGAAGGGGAAAUCCUUCUGCUUCCGCGUGCGCUCCGUCAACAAGUUUGGGAUCAGCGAGCCCUCGGUGCCCAGCGCGCCCGUCACCGCCGGGGCACAGCCCGCUCCUCCAUCUCCACCAUCUCAGGUUUUGGCCUUCAGAGACACCAAGACAUCUGUCGUUGUGCAGUGGGACGAGCCCAAGGAUGGCCCGGAGCCCCUUGGCUAUUACAUCUACUGCCGGGAGACGGGCACGGAGGAAUGGCAAACAGUCAAUAACAAGCCAGUGACAGGCACCGAAUUUACUGUUCCUGGGCUGCAGCCUGGACAAGAAUAUGUGUUUUGUGUGAAAUCUGUCAGCGAUGCAGGACUGAGUGAGAGCUCUCCAGAAACAGAUCCCAUCGUUGUCAGGCCAGCAAUUGCCUGUCCCUCAGCCCCUCGUGACUUUGUGCUGCUGCACUGUGGCAAGGCUGAGAUGACCAUUGGCUGGAAAGCCCCGAAGCACAAAGGAGGAACAAAGAUCCUGGGAUAUUUCCUGGACCAGCACGACCACUCGGAGCCCGACUGGCACGAAGUCAACGCUCGGCCGAUUCCUCGGCGCGUUUGCACGGUCAGCAGCCUGCAGGAGGGGCACCUGUACGAGUUCCGUGCCCGUGCCAUGAACAGGGCUGGAGUGGGGGAAGUGUCCGAGCCCAGUGACCUGUUCAGAUGUGAGGAAUGGACAAUGCCAGAGCCAGGCCCUCCUCACGACGUCAGGUGCACCGAGGUGAGGGACUGCUCCCUGCAGCUGCACUGGGAAGCUCCUCUCUACCUGGGGGCAGGGCCGGUCACGGGCUACUUCAUAGAGCUGUGUGAAGAAGGCUCAGAGGAGUGGAGGCAGAUGAACAAGCAGCCCACAGCCACGACCCACAUGAAGGUUUCAGACCUGGAAACAGGGAAGUGCUACAUUUUCCGAGUACGAGCACUGAACAAGGCUGGAGUUGGACCCCCUUCACUCCCCUCAGACCCUGUGGUGGCUAAAACCAAGCCUGGCACAAAUGAAAUUGAACUCGGGGUGGAUGAAGAGGGUUUCAUUUACAUGGCCUUUGAAGCUCCUGAAAAGAAUGACUCCUCUGAAUUUAUCUGGUCUAAGGACUAUGAGGGACCUCCAGACCCUGACCGAGUUCAGAUUGAAGAGAAAGGCAACAGAUCAAAACUGAUACUGAAAGAGCCCUCAGAAAAGGACCUGGGCGUGUAUUCGGUGGAGGUCACGGAUGUAGAUGAUGAUAUUUCUGCCAGCUGCACUUUAACAAAAGAAGAUCUGGACAAGCUGUUGAAACGUAGCCACGAAAUCAGGAACCCAUUGAUCAAGCUGAUAUCUGGCUGGAACAUCGAUGUCCUGGAGAAGGGGGAAGUGAGGCUGUGGCUGGAGGUGGAGAAGCUGUCCCCGAAUGCUGAGCUGCACCUGAUCUUCAAUGACAAGGAGCUCACCAGUACCCCGACACACAAAAUCAACUUUGUGAAAGAGCAAGGCCUCGUGGAACUGAUAAUCCAGGACUUCUGUGCUGAUGACAAAGGGGUGUACACAGCCCAGCUCCAGGAUGGGAAAGCCAAAAAUCAAUUCACCCUUGUUCUCAUGGAUGAAUCUUUUGCUAAAGUGGCAGAAGAAGCUGAAGCCAAACGGAGACAAUGGAAGAAAAAGCAGGGUCCGCAUUUCAUAGAGAACCUGACAUGGAAAGUUUUGGAGAGCUGUGAAGUGCUCCUCACCUGCAAGGCAACGAACCUGAGGAAGGACACCAACUUCCAGUGGUUCUUCAACCACAAGGCACGGGCUGGUGGAGUGUUUGAUGCACAGACUGGGAUGGGAGCUCUGCAGAUCCCGAAGGUAACCAAGGCAGAUGAGGGGCUGUACAAAGCAGUGGUUUCAGAUAACCGAGGAGAGGACUCCACCCAGCUGGACCUCACAAAAGGAGCCUUUGAGGAGCUUCUGAAGGAGCUGUGCAGGAUCAGUGCUCUUUCUGCCACACCUCUGAAAAUCCAGCCCACCGAGGAAGGCAUCAAAAUCUACACAGAUGUCAAGUACUACACAGACUACAUGAAAACCACCUGGUACCACAAGGAGAAACAGCUGGAAAGCCGUGACAGGAUGAGAGCUGGGAGCACCAUGAACCAGAUCUGGCUGCACAUCCUGGAGCCCGGGGAGGCCGAGAAGGGCAAAUACACCCUGGAGAUAUUCGAUGGCAACAGCUCCCACAAACUGUCAACAGACCUGUCUGGGCAAGCUUUCGAAGAUGCCCUGGCUGAGCACAGGAGGCUGAAGGAAGCAGCAAUAGCAGAGAAGCGUCGGGCCAGAGUCGUUCAAGGUCUGCCAGAUGUUGCCACCAUCAUGGAGGACAAGACCCUGUGCUUAACUUGUUGUGUGUCUGGGGACCCCUACCCAGAGAUCACCUGGUUCAAAAACGAGAAGGUCAUCGUGUUUAAGGACAGAUACAAGAUGGACGUGAAGGGCUCAGUGGUCACAAUCACCAUAGAGAGAGUCUGCAACGAAGACACGGGAAAAUACAGCAUCUAUGUCAAGAAUAAAUAUGGGUCUGAAAUAGGGCAGGUCACUAUCAGUGUCUACAAACACGGGGAGGUCCCAAUAGCAACAGAGCAGGAAGUCCCAGCUGGGAUUUCCACAAAAAAGCCUAAAUGAAUGAAUUGUCUCCUUGAAUCUGAAAGGAGUUGAACUCCUCCAGAUGCCUUUCGGUGUCUCUGUGUUUAUUUUAGCAAUAUUUCAACGUUUUGGCAGUUGUUAGAGAACAAUUCUGGGCUGUGUGUGGGUGUGUGUGUGCUCACACGUGUGUACACUGCAUGUUCACCUUCCAGAGAGACUGUGCCCUGGUAAAUGUGUGUGGAAUACCAGAGGAUCCACACGUGGGGCUUUAUGGAGGGUUUUGUAUUAAAUCACUACAUGUAACAGAUUUUCUUGUAGCCUGUGUGUGUGUGUGUGUGAUUAAACUCAAACCCCUGGUGACAUCUCAGCUCUGCUUUGAGUAUAUCCAUGAUGAAAUCACUCCACCUGGGGGUGUGUGGGAAGUCAGGACAAAGGACCCUGCAAAUCAGGAAUUCUCACAGGUAAAUGUAAGUACAAAUCUGGCUCUUUCUAUGUGGACCUCCUUUAAAAUUACCUACUAAAAAAAGGGUGCUGAAUUGGUAAGGAAAAGCUGAGCACUGGGUUUCUAUUUUAAUAGAAUGAAAAGCUAACUUAGAGAGGUCACCCACCCCUGGGAUACAGGCUCUGGCUGAAUUAAGCAAUCUAGCUGCAAGACACAGCUAAUGAAAGCCUUCCAAAAUCAACAGUCAGGCCUGCACAGACAGCAAGGAACAUCACUCAAGGGCUGGAGUGAGUGAAGAAUUCCUUGUGCAGUUGGUGAGAAGAAAAAAGAACGCAUCCUAUUUGCUUCCUGCAUUCACUCUCCAAGCAAUGUUCCAUGUUUUAUCUUUUAUCUUCUAUUAAAAUAAAAAGUAAAAAGAAACCGAGUUUAAUUCAGUUCUGUUAGGUGCACAUCACUGACAUCUGCUGGAUAAAAUCAUCACUCAUGUCCCACUCCAACAUGAGUUUGCCUGUCCUCAAGCAAUGGGAGGCCCACAAUUUUGAAAGAAACAGAAUUAUUUUAUUCCUUUUCAUCCACCAUUUAAGGUUCAAGUGCCCACAGCAGAGAACAUUGUAAUAAUCAGGAAGUUCCUGCUGUACAAUACCCAUCACCUUGA